UAGCAGCAACGUAAGCCAAGGUUGAAUAGUUACUUGCAAAGUGACCGCAGGUAGCACUAUUAUCGACUUUAUACUUUAUUUUAUUCCAUCAUUGAAGAACGAUUCCUGAGAACCGCAUAUUUGUGCAGCAAAAACAAAAAAAAUCGUCGCUUAAACAAAAAUAAGAAUAAAAGCAGGAUAAGAUUCACUCCGCGGUGAUUUCGGUGACGUAACAGCAAACAAACAAUAUCUUAAGAAAUAGUUUUCCCCACUGCGGGGUCUCGUGGUCUAAGUCCAGUUGGCCUAUGAUGAUGACGCCGAAGAAUGGAUUUUGUAGUUGACUUUGUAAGGUAAAGAAACAAGUGAGUGUGUGGUGUUGUGCGAGUGACUUUGAAACCCACUCGUUCAGUCGCUUUGCGCGAUUUGGGCAAUUACUGUGAUUUUUAUUUCGAAAGUGAGAGUGAUCUAACAUGUCGGCAUAAUAGUGACGAAGUUACUGGAUUUUGUAUGCGUUUCAGCAGGAUAUUCCUCGUCAUAUUGUACAAGUUGAAAUGGUAGCAACCUAAACAUAGCUUCAACAUGGCUAGAAGAGUAGCUAAGAAUCAUUACGUAGCAUCCCCACGACACCAUCAUUCUCCGACUCCUGUACACGUGUCCAGGAAUGCCGCCUACUCUGAUGGAGAAGAAAGUCAACGAGCUCCUUCCGAAAGAACUUUAUCCGAAUAUACGUCAGUGCCAUACACGAUAGUAAACGAACGAAACGGUCGAAGAUAUAACAAUCACCAAAAAAGUAGCAGUUACCAAAAUGGUCAGAAUACCAGCACGCCCAUGCGAGCCCCUUCCGCUUUAAGUAGAGGAAGUGGCUACGAAACCAAUGGAUCGGACAUAUACGUCACAAGCGGUGCAUACAAAGCUCCUUCCGAAAUAAGCCGAAAUUCUCGAAUACGCGCCCCCAGCCACAUGUCUUACAGAAGCGGCAUUGCCCCAUCAGUAACCAGUACGCACAAAUCCAGAGGGUCCCGGAAAGCUGGAAUGCGGAUGGAAGCAAUGGCUGCCCCCAAUCCUUUUUGUCCCAAUAUCAAAGGGAUGUGCUGUUUGAUGCUCUUACUCAACUUUGGAAUAAUUUUAGUAACCUUGGGAAUGGUCAUAGUCAUCCAAUUUUAUGACCCGCUUUAUGUUUGGGUCCUAGGGAUCAUUUUCCUAAUAUUCGGUUUCUUGACCCUCGUUUGCAGUUUGAUCUACUGUGUCGUUAUCUGCAGGGAAUUCAAAAGACCAGGUGACGUCAAUCCUGAUGAACUCUACUGGACCCAUCAUUGGCAAAAAUCCAUCGGUACAGUACCAGAAAUUCAUUACAAGGCUGAAGAAAAGUAUGGGGACGACAGAUACAGCGAUAGGUACUCGGUUAGCAAACUAUCUGGAAAAUAUUCUGAUAAAAACGGGAGGUACUAAAAUGGGAUUGUAAUUGAGAAAGUUUAUGUUCUAAGCUCCCAUCCCUAUAUAGGAUGAAAUUUAAAAGUAGUGAUAGGAUGAAACUAGCAGCACUGCCUCUAGAUUCGAGUAAUUUAAAAAAAUUAAAAGAAAAAAACUGAUUUUUUAAAAUUUAACACUUUCUUGAAAAAAGUGCAUAACAUAAAAUAACGCUCGAAAUGUCUAACAUAUUUUUUACAGAGAUGUCCAUUGCUAAAAUGACUGUUGUGUAAACUUAAUAUUUGAAUAAUGAUUAGUAGCAAGACUUGUAUAUUUUUCUUCUCGUGAAACGUAGUUCAGUUUGAAUCAACUGUUAGAAUAUUCUUGAAGUAUUACGCAUAUUUGAUUCUUAAAUUAUUGAAACUAAUAGGUACAUUUAGAAAAAAUUAGUAGAAAAAAAAUUAAAAAAAUUUAACUGAGAUCAAUCAUUAUCCAUUUUGUCUAUAGACUUCGGACAAAAUAACAAGGCCAGAUAUCGUAUCACGGGACCAUCACGAAACGGGAGGUAACGCAGUAGUCACAGCGACCUAAGACGUAUUUGUCACAGGAACUGAAUCAUGUGAAGUUUGUGUCAAAGCUGUUUAGACUCGACAGAGCUCAUCAGAUUACCUUUGGUUUUAACCCUCAGGUUUUACCUACAACUCGUCUGCAGUUUCAGAUAAGUCACGUAGCUCUGUUAGUUAUAUUGUUAAUUUGCGUGCUCCAGUUGAGUUUGUAAUCCAGAGUUACCCCUAGAUACUUGACCUCGUUUGUUUUUUCUGAUUCCUCCCCAAAUAAUUUUAGCUCACUCAGUCCAGUAAGCUUCCUGUUAUUAGUCAAGGCUACUAAUUUGGUUUUGGAAGGGUUCACAGACUAGUUCUCAGCAACAGUGCUGGGAAAUUUUCCCCUAAUCACUAUUACAAUGUCAUCUACGAAGCCCUGGGACCAGAUUCCUUGGUUGAUAAACCCAUAAAUCCGUUCAACGACUAUAUAAUCCAUAAUAUUAGUAAAAAUACAUCCUACCUCUUAGUUUCCCUUAGAUUUAUGGCACCAUCAUAAUAUGUAUCUGUGAAUUGUGAACAUUAUACUGCUCUGAAGCAUCUGAAUAAUCUACUUGCAUCUUGCAUGUAAGAAUAUACCUACAUUUUUUGCUGUUGAUGUUCUUCCUCACCAGUGCACUAUGUACACUUCGCGUCAUAAAAAACUGGUACACUUUUUUUCCCAAUGUAAACCAGUGUUCAGACUAGACAUAAUGGCUCGUGAAUCACGGCGUUGUUGCCAUCACAGAUAACAGAUAACGUAAUUUCACUAAAUCUAAAUACAAAAAAUAACGUUCAUAAAUGUAUAAAGUUUUUAGACAUGUAUUAUUUUUAUCAUUAACAACAAAAACCGUAUCUAAUAAAUUUGAUAACCAGAUAAAUUCAAGAGUUCAAUAGAAGCAAAACCACAAUCCACAAUAAAAAACAUGGGAAAACGAGCAGACUUUGGAUAGAAGGAGAGGGAGCGGGAGACCAAUAUUACUACAGCCCGACAAGAUGAAACAUUAACUAAUUAUUUAAGAGUGUAUCCCUUCUAUACGGCAAGGCAACAAAAGUUAAUACAAACUUUAAUGCUUCUAUAGGGCUUUUCAUCGACUGUCAGUUGUUUCGAGCUACUGUCAUGUGUCACAUAAUAUUGAUAUAUCUACGCCAUACGUCUUUGGUUUGUAUCAUUGGUAUAUACCAAUAACGUAUGACGUAGAUAUAUUAAUAUUAUGUGACACAUGACAGAAGCUCGAAACAAAUGACUGUGAAUGAAAAGCCCUAAGUAUAGCAACUACAGCAUUAAGGAGAAUUAGAACACCAGUCAUUCAUGUCAUAUAUGUCAUUAUUCAUGUCAUAAACUGUCAUAAAUUAUAAUAAAACACGGUACUUAAUUGAGAUGAUGGAAACUUACAAAAUUAAUAGAAUUUUUUAGGAUGCAUGUUUAAAUAAAUGUGACUGACUAAUCGAGAAUGCUCGAUGUUGUUUUAGUUUUUAGUAUACCUACCUACUAAUAACUUGCGGUCUGUCGCACAGCCCUGCUUUUAGCUGGUUUGAUAUAAUAUUUUCGUUGAACUGUCAACGUUGCCCUAAAAAUUAGAAUGAGAUAUGUGACAAGACCAACUUACACAACUUGAAAAACACGAUUUUCGGUUAUAAGAGUUACACCAGUUUUUUAUGACGCGAAGUGUAGAUACCUAUUGAAUCAAUGGAGGUAUCAUCAAAUGCGCCAAUUAUGUCUAAAAAUGCAAUAAUAGCGACUGAUUUCUGGUAUAAACGAGUUCUGACACCGAUAAAAUCCUAACAAGGUAUCUAAACUUUUGUGAAUACAUACUCGAAAUUUCCCGAAAAGAAAAACCGGCUUUUCUUAGGCCAACUAUCUGCCCCAUAUUAAACUCUCGGUUUCAAAGAAGUAUAGUCCAAUGAUACUUCUAGUCCAAAAUCCGCACAGAACAGUGACAUCAACGUAUCACUCGUUCAAUAAUCCAUUAAAUAAGCUCUCUUUGCUGUAAAUGGUCAUUAAGCCCCAGUUCUUGUGUUAAAUUGUACUUUGUAAGCAUGAGAGGGCUUCUUGAGAUUUGUAAUUCUUCUCCACAGCAUUGAAUUGAACUUCUGGAUUUUCACCAACACUUUCCCGCACUGCUUUGAUACUGACAUUUGACCCGCUUGUUUUUGGACAACCAAUGUGUUAGUGUCACCCAUUUAUCCAAUCUCCCUGAAUUGUUCAAUUAUUUUCUUCACAGUUUCCGAAGUUAAAUCAAUAUUCAGUAUUUAGACAAUAUUUUGUACAAAAUUUUAGAACUGUGACCUCCAAACUUUAUUUUUUAAAAUAUUGUUCAACAAUGAAAACUGAUUGUUGUCUCCUGCAACGCUACAUUUUAACUAACUCUGAACUGCCAGCGGUCAAAUUUUGUUUAAAUUGACUUAAAUAUGCUUAUUUUGGAUAAGUCUUGCAACUAAUUUGUAAAUACUAGAUUGUUAAAAUAUAUUCUCUAUUUACUUUUAACAAAAUCCUAGAAAAAUGUUAUUACCUAACAAAACUAAUUUAACUAAUUUAUGAAUAAAUUUUAAUUCCGUUUUGGGAAUAUUUUUGAAUAAUCAUACAUUUUUAUAUAAAAUUCAAAAGGGUCAAACACAGUAAGAUAUCUGUUUAGAUGUAUUGACGAACAUUCAUGAAAAUAAGUUGCACCCCAGGCAACCAAACGACGUUUUUAUAACGUAGAUAGUAGAUAACACCUCAUAAAAAUGACCAAUUGACGUUUUUCUAUGACGUAGUACUGACGUUGAAAAUCACGUGUAUUUCGCUCAUCUAUUUGACGUUAUAAUUGUGACGAUUUUAAAAUGUCAAAAAGAUGACGACUUUUACACGUCGCCGUCGGUAAAAUCACGUCUGUAAUACUUUCAAAAAGUGACCUCUUUCUCUUUCAGAUGUUUCAAAAUAGUAUAAAAAAUAGGUAACAUGAAAUGUAGCCUAAAAAUGUAUUUAAUUAAACUCGAUAACACAUAAUACUGCAUUAAACUAACUCACUGAGAAAAAGCGAAUAAAAAUCUCUUAAUUAACACGUUUCUUCAACUAAAUAUCUCAAUGAAACGUCUUAUUUUAUCACACAAGACACAAAGAACGUAAACAAUAAAUAAGAAAUUUCUUAUGAAUAACGUUAUAGGUAAACUAAAUUGUUUGAAGUCAAAACCUUCAAAACUUUUUUAAGCUCCUCCCAAUUUUGUGACGUCAGACUUAGGCUGUGUGAAAUGAAAACAUCUUUAUAAAGUAUGUUAACGUCAUUUAAUCUUACAUAUUUAAAAUACCUACAAAAGACGUCUAUAUGACGUAAUGUUCAAACACGUGUAUAUAUUCAACCAAAACUGACGUUUCCUCGACGUUAUAUGACGUCACUUGGUUGCCUGAGACAUGGCCAAAUCUGAAGAGUGGAUGGGUAGUAGUUCGUACCCCAAAUCGACCAGUUUGCGUUGUCAUGGUGCGUUGUCAUGGUGGAAGAACAUGUUUUUCUUCCACAAUUAGGGCCGUUUUUGGUAAAUUCGGCGUCAAAUCGACCCAAUAACGAGGCAUAGUAGAUGUUCAUCGAUAUUACAUAAUAUUAUUAUUUAUUAAUCUUAUAAAGUUUUUUCUAAAAAUUGGUACCUAAUUUAUUUUGAAAAACGUGUAAUGAUGUAAAGCUGCUGUUUGAUUCUUUUGAUCUUUUUAAACGUAUGUAGGUAUACUGCAUGUGAUAUUGUAAUUUAGACCUGCUGUAGAUCUUAACAUUCUUAAAAGAACGUUACUUAACGUCUUAACGUUGUCUUCUUUUUAUACGAUAAUUUGAUUAUUUGUAAUUUGUAUAUAAUUUUUACUAAAUAAACAUUUUAAAUGUU